AUGGAUGCCUUUCGUUUGGGCUCCAGACCUGUGUCUGUUGGUCCUGUUAGGCAUCACCAUGAUUUCACCUCUAACUUUCCUGUACCUGCCCCAGUUCAAAACUUCGCCCUCGCCUAUAAAACCAUCCAUCCUCAUCAUGUUAACCUGUACCUCGAUCUGACUGGUUUAGUCCAGAAGAUCGAGGGAAGGCCCGUCAAGAUUGAGGAACAACUGACUGGGUCCAUCUCAGACUCUCAGAGCGAGCUACUGACAACCGUGUCCAGUUUGAAUCCCAAAUGGUUCAGCAUUGAAGACCCCAAAGAGAACCAAGAUUUUGCCUUUGAUCAUUUCCUCCACGAAUGUGACCUUGUCGAAAUCGUUCAUGAAAUUGGUCAUGGACCCAAAUACAUCAGUCAUUUUUCGCGCAAGGCCGGUCCCAAAUACCCAUACCCAAACGGCUUGGUGCAUUUUCUUAUCAUGUCUCGAGUUCCUGGGGAGAAUGUCAGGGAUAUCUUCCUGGGUCUGUCCGAUGAGCAGCUCGCAAGUAUUAAACGACAGCUUGCUUACAUUCUCGAACAUAUGCGUCAAAAUGGAAGAACUUUAUAUGAACAGGAUCCAGACUUUCUCCGAUACGAUAUUCCAAAUGACAAGCUCUAUCUCGCCAAUUUUACAUUUUUCAACAUUAUCGACCCUGACCUCGAGGAUCCCAUUACCGAGCAGGAUGUCUACGUUCUCACUUUCAAGAUCUGGCAAAGGCACCUUCCCAGGUUCUUUGGAGACGAACCUCCCCGUCCUCCUGCCCCUGCCACGACCAAGGACGCCUCGACCCAGACUGCGGGGAUAUUCUAA